AUGUCCAGGCAGCUCACACAGCUCCCCACCCCGGACCUGCCCGCAGGUGCUAGCCCACAGUUUGGGAGUUGCACCCAGCCGGCGGUUUCCCUCACUGGGGGGCACCUCAACUCCAUGGCGGGUCUCAAAUCCCUCCUGCAGCAUCCCAUGAAGGGGGACCAGCGCUUGAGAAGCCCCUGUGAUCUCAAAGACAAAGAGCGAUCAAUGGACCUGGACGAAGACUCGAUGGGAGUGUGCUCCAUGAGGAACACGUCCGGACUCGGCGGCGGCGGCGGCAACGGAUGCAACGGCGGAAGCGGCGGUGGCAAUUUCAACCAGUUCCUGGGCCCCCUCUUGUGGGAUCGCACCCUCCCGGCGGAUGGGGGCCUCUUCCAGCUGCAGUACAUGGACUUGGAGGAGUUUCUGACCGAAAACGGAAUGGGCAGCAUGCACAGCAACAACAGCUCCAGUUCGGCGCAGAUCCCCUCUCAGAGCUCCCAGUCCGCAGUGCCCAACCAGAGUUCCCAGUGCCUACCGCCCCCGUCCCCGCCUGGCUCUUCGUCCUCAUCGCCUUCGUCUUCCUCCUCCCCGUCCCUGCUGGGUUUGGAGGUGGCGCAGCCUCAGAGCCUGACCGGAGGAAACGACUGUCUGCACGGGAGCCAGACCAGUAUGAACGACUCGUGCGAGUCGCCGUCCUCCUCGUCCUCCUCGCCGUCGUCCUCCUGCCCGCCCCUGCUGACGCCCACUAGCGUCGGGCCGGACGUGGCGGGAAUUUUCAACAUGGAUCCGUCGGACAUGGUUCUGUCCAACGGCCCCGAUCAGCAGAACUUUGACCCCAGGCAGACCUUCAGUGAAGAGGAGUUGAAGCCGCAGCCCAUGGUGAAAAAGGCGCGCAAGAUCCUGGUGCCUGAUAACAUGAAGGAUGAAAAGUACUGGAGCAGGAGAUACAAAAACAACGAAGCGGCAAAGCGCUCCCGGGAUGCGCGGCGCCUCAAGGAGAACCAAAUUUCGGUGCGCGCCGCCUACCUGGAGCGAGAGAACGCCGCCCUGCGGCAGGAAGUGGCCGAGAUGCGCAAGGAACUGGGCCGGUGCCGCAGCAUUCUGAGCAAAUACGAGAACCGUCUGGCCGACCAGUGAUGAAGGAGGACGAUGACGACGACGACGACGAGUGAAAUAAGCUGGAUUCCUUUUGUAAAACUUUGAAAUUUUGGGGGGGAUUACAGGACGGACAGGUCUGGAAUCAUGAUGACGAUGACGAUGAUGAUGACGAUGAUGGUGAUGAUUUUGAAUGUAUUCGGGGGAUGAGGAGGAGGAAGGCGUGCGGACCGCAGCUCAGGUGUCUUGUUUUUGUCGAGCUCUUAAAAGUGACGGCGGGAGAGAAUAAUUUAACAGAUGUGACUUUUAAGGGUUUUGCUAUUGGAGAAUUGUAUAUUUUUAUAAGACUUCAGAAAACAAUUAGAGGGAGAGUAGAAAUUUGGAAAAUAAUUUUGUAUAUUUUCUACAUGACUACAGAUGGGGGGGGGCGAUAUCUUAUGUAACGGGGGUCAGCCAUGAAUGGGUAUUUUCUUUUUUUUUUGGACUGGUUGAUUCAUGCGGGGACGCUGCGGCGCGGGCGAGGACGCGUGUAACAGUUGUAAUAUAGAGAGCAAAAAUGAUCUUCACAUCGUGAAGGUCAACAUUUUUGUUGAAUUGACUUUUUGCAAGCAACGCAAGCACUUAAUGUUUUCUUUGAUUUACCCCCCUCGAGUCCCACCACAUUCUCGUUAUAUUUUGGAAAGUUCAGUUAAGACAUUUGUGCAUCUUUCAAAAAAAAAAAAAAGAAAAAGAAAAAAAAAAGAAAUAGACAAUCCUCUGUAAUUAUAAUCUCCUUUACUACCCAGGCUAAUUGUAUCAGACUGGUACUUCACUGGUGAAAGUCAUCGUGAUGCUGCUUCUACUUCUACACCUUUCAUUCCCAUUUUCUCUUUUAACACUAGGAUGAUAAUAUUUCCCCAAUUUUUUUAUUUUUAUUUUUUUACCUCAAUGGUACUUAACACCAAAACCUUGACUUUUUACUUUUAAAGCGUCAUCAUCCUUUAAUAGGGCAAAUCAAAAUGAGAGUGUGCUUUUUAACCCAACCAAACAGUAAACAAAGAUAAUUCCAAAUAAAAAUAGACGACAUUGAUUUUUGUCAUGAUAACUAUUUUUGCAAUUCAGAAUAUUUUUAAAAACAAAGCGUUUCUCAGGGCAAACGUUUUUGCUACGUGCUCCAAUCGUUUUCUGGAGUUGAAAUUGUCCUUCAGUGAGUGUUAUCGGAAGGGUCUUUGCUAUUUUGUGCAUCUUCCUGAUGAUGCGUCUCAGAUUCCAAGCCAAGAUUGCGUCUGUACUUCUUUCUUUCAAGAAUUCCCCUCCUGCAUCUAACAAACUUUCUGUACCAACACCGUGUUCAGCUGGACAACGUGAGAGUGCGAUUGUAAUCCCUGUCAUGAGUAAUCACCAUGACUGCUAUUCUUCUUCUUGUUAUGAUUAUUAUGACGAUUAUGUUAUGGUUGUUGUUCAAUAUUAAUGACUGUUUUUCUUCCUUUGGAUGAAAAUGAUCCACCUUCAAGCACCUUGAUACAGUGUGUGACCUCCCCGAAAAGAAAGACAAUGAUCUUCUCACUCUUUGGUAUUCCUCAAUAUGGCCCACAGACAAAACUGCUUGAAUGGAGUUCACCAUUGUGUCCCCCCACUGCCCCCCAAAAAACAAAACAAAACAUGCCUUUCUUUCCAGGACGAGCUCCUCACGAAGCAGCUGGACUUUGCAGGGCGUUGCCCCUUGGUUACUUUUCUUUCAGCAAUUUCUCACCUGUGUCAAGUGGUGGUUUGCGCUCUCCCAACAGGACUGUUCUUGACAUUUUGACAGAUGUGCUUGAUCAAUCUAUAGAGUGACUCUACAUCUGACCCCCCCUCCACCUCCACCCCGGUGACAUCAGUGGGCUCAGCCAUGUCCGACCCACUAUGUGCUGGUUUUAUGGAUGUAGUUGAGAUUUCCCCAGGAUGACACCAAUAAAAGAUUAUUCUCAUUCA